AUGACACUCCCAAACGGAACUGCAACUGCCUCUAAUCAACCCAAUGGCAAUGGAGUGAUCCGACCAUGGGCAGCUGACUUCAACACUGGCUCCAAGAGCUUCACUACGCUUGAUGGGAAACCUGUGGACUGGAAUGGAGGAUGGGCAGGUAUCCGUGGUGAGACUGCUGGACCCCAAACCGCUCCUGCCCCAAUCACAUCCAAAUCCGGCCCAAACAACCAAGAGAUCACCUACCUACCUUACCCCGAAUUAACCUGUUUACACUGUCUCGGCUCCAACCCACCCGGUAAAUUAGGCUACGUCGUCUCUUACCUUCCGGUCAUCCCUGCGGGCUCUUCCAACGGUCAACAAACUACUGCUGCCGGUGAAGGUCAAGGUACAGAAGAUAGAUUAGGUGAAUUACCUGUCCGACCUUCAGCACCAUCCUUAGGAGGUUCGGGUGGAUCAUUCCGAGCUGGUCGAUCAGCAUUCAGAUCUGCCGACAGUGCUUCCAAAGCCCCACGAGCGAGAUCCAGGGCAGAAGAGAGAGUAGACGAUUUCGAAAGAGGACGACAGAUCGAGAGAGAGGCUCAAGAGGAAAGAGCGAGAUCAUCAAGUGUCUCCUGGGAGUUGGCAGGUGUAGGGAAACAGUAUGUCCCUGAUGGUGAGGAGGAAGAUGUUGUAAUCGAGUAG